AUGGAAGCUCACGCUAGUUUGCGCUACGUAGAAGACAAGGAUCAAUGGCUAGCUACGGCCAAGGUGGUUUCAGCCAUAAAGUCUUAUGACGUGUCAGCAGGGGAGGCAGGGUCAUGGGUGGAAGGUGUCGCGGAGCCUGGGAGUACCAGCGCGCUACAGGAGAUUCAGUCUAAAAUCAAACGAAGACUUACAAGAGUAGAGGAACGGUCAGCUGUAACGAAUGUAUGGUCCUACUAUCGAGACCCUGGAAGAAUUGAGGGCCUAAAGAAAGAUUUUGACAAAGCAUUGGCAUCGUUUCAGCUUAGGACGAAUUUAACAAUUGGUGUCAAAUUAUCGACUAUAGAGGACAGCUUAGACCGUCUGGAGGGUGCGAUUGGCGUCAAAUUAUCGACCAUGGAGGACAGCUUGGACCGUCUCAAAAUGAACGGCCCCACUGCGUUCAGCGGCCACUCUCUCCCGCUUCCUCACUGGCUCCUGCUCUCUCUCCUUUACUUGAAAAUAUGCCGACCGAUGGAACGGCUGUAUACCCUAUGA